AUGAUGAAGCCCCAUACAGCUCUCCAUCACGGCAGCCGGUACUUCAUAUUUCACCCAAAGUUGAAGGAAAACAUUUUCAUGCACGAACUCGACAGUGGAAAACGAUUCAUUCUCGACCGGGCGUAUCACAUUUUGUACAGCCGAUCCAGCAUAGAGAUUCAUCACAAGAACUUCUUCACGAACCAAACCAUACAGCUCGAUCCGUCCGACAUACGCGUCCCGAACGACCUGAAGAACCUGUACGGACGAAAGAUUUGCCUGCUACUGCCAGCUGGAAAUCUAGAGGUAGUCACCUUCGACGCAUAUCUCGGAGAAACCAUAGCGCAACAACGGAAUGGAACGUUUGAGGCUACAACGAGCACGGUCGACUUCCCGGAUUACGGUGUAGUGAACAUGGGCAUAUCGUUCCUGGGCUCGGACAAGAUUCUUGCCCUUGGCAGUACAUUCAUCAGUGUUCUGGUUCCGCGCAGCAAACCGAAACCGAUCAUCUGGGUACUAGUAGAUCCGUUCGAUUACUAUAGUUGGAUCGCACUGUUCUCCUUGGUCGUUGUAUUGGCUGUGGUACUGUCAUUGUUUGGAGACGGCAACAAGAGUACCGUGCUGGAGAACGCAGUAGAGAUGAUCAUGUGCCUGCUAGGCGGACCGUCCAGAACGUAUGGCAGCUGGUUCGAGAAACAGAUCAUCACCAACUACUGUUUGCUGUCCAUUGUGAUCGUAUCCUGCUACCAAUCGUUGAUCUUCUCGUACCUGUCCUAUACGCGGUUCUUCCCGGAGAUCAACUCAGCGGAAGAAAUACGCAACAAUUGCAUUUUUCCACGCAGCACCACAUUUUCCAACCAUUUGAAUCUGCCACUAAGCAAGCCGGGCGAGUCGCUGGAAAACAUGUGCUAUCUCUUCUACAGUCGCGAUAAUACGCACAUCACUACGCUGUUGAUAAAAAAUAUGCGCAACAUCGACAAAUCGGCUCAAGCUGCAUUCGAACACAAUUUGCGAGUGGCCAACACGGUGUUUUUGAAGUAUCAUUUGCUGUAUUACUUCUUCAACAAAUCUCUCAUACGUGAGCUGUUCCCGUUCUAUAUACACGCAUUCUUCGAGUCGGGCCUGUUUGAUCAGUACUACAAAAACAAAAGCAGCUUCGCACUGCUCUACAGACAGGACGUUUUAGCCAUACGUGCAUUCAAUGUUGUGGAUGUGUCUAUUAUUUGGUAUCUGUAUAUUGGAGGAGUAAUUGUUAGUUUUAUUUGGCUUUUGCUUGAGAUUACUUUAUACCAUUUCCAACGCUUUGCUCGAGUUCUGAAAGAGCGUUUGCGGAAGUGCUUGUGCAACAAACAGAUCAUAAAAAUAAUAUUCGUUCGAAAAUAA